AUGUCUUUCUCACACGAUUUAAAACAACUUUUCAAACCAUAUUAUAUGUUCAAUAUAUUAUUAAGUUUAUCCUAUGUGAUAUUGAAACGUACUCCAGUUAUAUGUAACUAUUUAUUUGGUAUGGAUACUUGUGAAUUUGAAGGGCGAGAAACAGAAAUCCUGUUCUUUCUCAUUAUAGUAGUGGCAAUGAGAACAAGAAAGGCAGGAAGUGUCUCAAUGAUCAAUUAUUUAUCAUCCAGUUUUAUAUACACUAAAGUGGCCAAUCUAAUAUUGUGGUUCAGUGCUGACUAUUUGAUGGGAAUAGUCUAUGGUAUCAUUUUUAUACUUGGAGCCCUAUUAUUUCCUGAACCAACCUAUUCUGGUCCUGACAAAGUAGUAUACUUUCGUGGUGUCCAAGGCCUAGAUGAAGAGCUUGCAAGAGAUAAAACAACCACAUGGCUUGUAGCAUUUUAUACUGCUUGGAACCCUGCUUGUGUGACAUUUGCCCCUACAUUUGCAAAACUGAGCAGUGAAUAUUAUUUGGAAAAUUUUAAAUUUGGGAAGGUUGACAUUGGGCGCCAUCCUGAUGCUGGUAAGAAGUAUCAAGUCAGUGAUAGCAGCAUGAGUAAACAGUUACCCACAGUGAUAUUAUUUCAAGAAGGAAAGGAGAUUGCAAGAAGACCUAUGUCAGAUACUAAAGGAAAACUCAUAAAAUUUUUGUUUUCUGAAGAAAAUUUCAAAGCUGGUUUUGGCAUGAGUAAUUUAUAUGAGAAAUGCAAAAGUCAACUGAAGGUGAAGAGUAAACCACAUGUUGAAUAA